CCUUAGUGAAAGUAUUCACUUCCCUCUUUUGGCUGUUACAGUCUGAUAGCCCAGAUAAAUCGCUUUACCACUUCAUAAAACCUGUUGGUGCAAGCUUGUCAAGAUGUUUGUGUGAUUUCAGCGGUUUUAGUAUGAUGCUUGAUCUCAACACCUCUAACAUGUCUGUGGAGUCCAGUCUGGUCAGACCGGAGCAGGGCCCGGCAGAAUACCGCAUAGCAGGCCUGGUCUUCUACUGCUUCGUCUUCAUCAUAGGAGUCAUUGUAAAUCUCACUGCUUUAUGGGUGUUUGCCCUCACCACCAAGAAGAGGAACUCAGUCACCGUCUACAUGAUAAAUGUGGCAGUAGUAGACCUCAUCUUCAUCCUGCUGCUUCCCUUCAGGAUGGUUUACCACCACCAGGAUUACUGGCCCUUUGGAAAUCUCUUCUGCAGGAUCAGUGCAGCUUUGACCAUCUUCUAUCCCUGCAUAGCUCUGUGGCUGUUUGCACUUAUAAGUGCUGACCGUUACAUGGCGAUUGUGCAGCCAAAGCAUGGCAAGGAGCUAAAGAACAUCCCCAAGGCCCUGGUAGCGAGUGUUGGGGUGUGGGUCAUGACUCUAGGCAGCACUGUACCCCUGCUCUUCUCUGCGGAUGACCCUGAUCAAACCUCCAAUUUUACCACCUGCAUCAAAAUGCAAGACAUCAUUUACAUGCGUCGAGACAACCCUGUCAACUUUGUGAGGCUCAUCUUUUUCUUCCUGCUCCCUAUAUGUGUUAUGAUUGGCUGCUAUGUUGUCAUUGUGGACAAUCUGAUCCAUGGACGCACCUCAAAACUGAAACCAAAAGUGAAGCAGAAGUCCAUCCGGAUUAUCAUCACACUCAUUAUCCAAGUGUUGGUGUGUUUUGUGCCGUUCCAUGUAUGUUUAGUGCUUCGGUUGUUACAGACUGAUGAAGGGGGGUUCAGCACAUGGGCGGUUUUCACCACAUACUUGAUGAAUCUUAGCACAGUCUUAGAUAUUAUCCUGUACUACAUUGUCUCAAAGCAGUUCCAGGACAGGGUGAUCAGUGUGAUUCUGUACAGAAACUAUCUGCGAAGUGUGAGGAGGAAAAGUAGGCACACACAUACAGGCAGCAUCCGAUCAAUGAGCAACCUGACCAGUGCAAUGAUAUGAAUCAGGCAUCACCUCCAUGUCAAACAACACAUGGAGAAGUAUUGUGCACAAUUUGGCACAAUGUAACAGUGAAUGCAUCGCUGUGUGCAUGGUUCAUUAUCAAAAGGAUCAAAACUUGCAAUUAAUUUCCAAGAUGUAAUUUACACUCACAGUAUGGGAGUGCUGCUGUUGUGGCAAAAACAUCUGUGUUCAGAGCUGAUUGACUCACCCAUGAGACUUGAGAUGUUCUCUGUUCGUCUUUGCUCUGGCAGACAAAGCACCAGUAUCUUUGGCUCAGGUGUAAUAGAUGCAGGCAAAAAUAAAUCUUGCAAACAUUUAACACAUAUAGCUCACAGUACAGCACUGUUUGCUUUUGUUAAUAUGAAUAAACAGUGGACGUCUAUUUCGGCAUUUACACUGUUAGCCUUGAAGUAUGAAGAGCAUAACAGAACCCACAGUGGGAAGCCUACAGGAAAUGAUGGUGGGUUUUUAAAGGUGGCUGCUUUAGUUUAGCUGUGGGUUACUUUAGUCACCUAAAUGCAGCAUCCGUAAACAGUAACUGUAAUCAUUAAUGCUGUUUAAUAUCCUGUUUAUAACAAAUUUUAAAUAUUUGAAGUGAAGUUGAAGCCCAACCAUUUAAUGUAUGACAUUCCUAACCACAGCACAGACUUCCUGAAUACUGCUGUACAUGUAAUGACCAGCUGAUGGCAGCAUGGCACAGCUAGAACCCAUGAACCUGCCACAGCAAGGAUCCUUUUUACUAAGUGGAUAGACUUUUGCUUCUGUGGUGCGAAGUCCGUUUUAUCUUUUUACUUGUCUCUGUCUUUUAUUACAUUUAAAUUAGUUUUAUAAUUGUAAAUAUGCUACAACUACAUGCAGUGAAAUGACAGAAUAAGGAUUUUACCUCCUCACACAGUAGUUGUUAACUACUGCAGAGUUUCCUCAGAGAGGAAUCUGACCAUGGUGUGUUUAUGGUCAAAUGUGAAUUGUAUUGAUUACAUGUUAAAUGAUUCAGUCACUUGGAGUGCAUUUACAGUAACAUCCUCAAGAGAUGUCAGAGAGGCUAUUCACUAGAUUUAAAGCAACCUUAACCUUAAAACAGAAAAGCAUUUCUGCACUGGGAUACUUCAACAUAAGGUCUCAGCUGGGAAUGUAAGUUCCACUAUGAACAAUCCUGCAAAUUAACUCCAUUUCUUUCCUCAAAUAACAGACAAGUGAUGAGUUAGAUGUUACUGAAUGUCUGACAGUUUUGUCUGUCUGCAAAGACCGGUUAAUAUAAAUGAAGGGGGAAAAAAUCAUGUUUGAAUGUGACGGUUUUGAUAGGUAUGCUGCACAAACAUAACCCAAGCUAAAAAUCGAUUUUGUGUUGGCAAUUGCUAAAAUAAUCGAAUUACAGUGUCUGUCACACCUACACAGUUAUAACUGGAUUAGACAGUGUCUUGGCGUAGCUGAGUAAAUACGUAGUGUCUCAUACAAUUAGAUGGUCAAGGCGUUUUGUGGUAUAGCACAUGUACCACAGUAACUCUCAGAAUUGCACAUGAAGUGUUUUAAACAAAAAACUUAAUGUCUGAUGUAUUUCUUGACAGAAAUUUGUUUCUUAAUGUUUCCCCAUGUAUUCAUCAGUACAAAUAAUAAAAUGUUGUGUGCA